AUGCCGGGAUGCCAUGCGUGUCGAUUAUGCAGGAGUAGUUGCAUCGACAGCCUACGCCUAUACAACGCCAGUGGCAGUUGCAAUGAGAUUUAUAACAUCACAAAAAAAUUUUUCCACAUCAAGUAUCUGGACCAUGGACCCAAAGAUUCGACGGCAGUUUUGUGCAUGGAGUGUUGGCGCAAUAUAUCCGAUUUCAACAGUUUCCAACAGACGGUGACUAUUUUACACGAUAACCUUGUCAAUGACGAGGUGCAAACUGUGAAUGAGCCAAAUAUUUCGCGAGUCCAGGAGCCAGCGGAUGGAAUUGAAAUACCUGAUGCUUUGGAUGAAUUUAUGGAAGAAACAGACCGACUUGAAGUACCUUCUACGGCUGGUUUUGGCUCGGGACAACUUAUUGUUACAGAUAGUGGGAUACAAUUUUUAAGUCAAACCGCACCUGCCACAGAUAUUAUUCCGGUGGUAUCCGGAGGUUUACAGUAUGUUGAAAAUGCAGAGGCUCAGGUGCAGCAAGCAAUUGUGAUAGAUGACGAACCCAGCGGCAGUGACGAAGAUGUCUUCGUUGUUAAUGAACUGGACCAGUGGGAGCAUCAGUCAGUUAAUUCCAUAUCAAGUACAGAAGAUUCAAAUGAUCAAUUGACUGUAUUAAGAAAACGAUCCCGAACUUCAGAAAACCCCUCACCAGCUUUAACCUCACAAUACUCAAAGUCAAUGGCUGAAGGUAAUGCCAUUUUAGCUGAGUGGAGACCUUUCUUAGAUUGCUAUGUCUGCCGGAAAAAAUUCCCAGAUUUCGCCGCCAUUAAACAGCAUUUCAAAAUGGAACAUUACUCCAAUGACUUCUUCAUAGAAUGCUGCGGGCGGAAGAUCAAAUAUCGAUUUCGUCUUGUAGAACAUGCCUUGAUCCACGUCAAUCCCAAAGCAUUUCAGUGUCAAUAUUGCCAAAAGUGUUUGGCAAACAAAAAUUCGUUGUUAAGUCAUAAGCAUUUUCUACAUUUCGACCAACUCACUGAUGACGAAAAGAAACAAAUAAGCAGUGUACACAUCAGCAUUUGUCCAGUUUGUGGCAAAUCAUUUACAUAUCGCACAGGACUCCAUGCCCACAUGAGGUCAAUUCAUUUUGAAGAAUAUUACAAAAGAAAAGCAAGUACAAGUAUAACAAAUGUGCCCUAA